CUGAGAAUGAGAAGAAUAUUUGAUGGUCCACAGGACAGGAAAUUCCUCACGUUCGACAAUGCAGCUGCAAAAGAUGACGAAUACUUUCAUGCUGGGAGGAUGAUUGCAACUUCUAUAGUUCAUGGUGGUCCAGGCCCCCGCUUCCUGUCAGAGACGCUCUACCAGCACCUCACUGGAAUGAAAAACACCAACAUUGAAGCCAUCAUUGAAGACAUUACUGAUGACACUAUGAGAGCUUCCCUGCUUGAGAUAUCCAGCGCAGCUACAUUGGAGGAACUACAUGCAUCAAUCGACAGAAAUUCCAGCUUGUUGCAGACUGCAGGUUGCUUGCAGUACCCUGAUGGUGUGGAUGGCAAAAACGCAAUCAUAAAGGAUUUCAUGCAGUGGUACAUCAUUUACCGCAACCAUUUUGCCAUACAAAGAUUCAAAGACGGACUUGAAGCCUUGGAUGUGAUUCAUGCUUUGGAGCAGCAUGGAAGUGUUUUCAGAGCUUUUAUGUGCUCAAGUGUGGUAGAGCUGACUUCUGCCACAUUGGAGGAAGUCUUUGAGGUUCAGAACAGCAGCGAAAAAGGAAGCACAAGACGCCAUGAGGAAACAAGGGUGCUGGGAUUUUGGAGAGACUAUCUCCUUGAAAAAGGUUUAUUUGAGUUCCAACAUUGUUCACAUCUUAAAAUAAUUAGCUAUUAAUGGCAGUUCUAUCAAUCUUGAUAUUUAAAAAAAAAAAAAAAAUCCGUAAUACUACUUUUUCUUCUCAGAAAAACGAACAGGA